UAUGACCUUGUCUAGUGAAGAAGGGGGUCAACAGCCGCUUGUUGUGUCUUUUGUUGAGGUACUGUGGAGUUCUGCAAGGUGUCGACGGGAGACGAUGCGCCUGACACCACGGCGCUGCGCCACUGCGGGCGUAGUAUGCAUCGCCGUCGUCGUCCUCAUCUGCGUCAUCCACUCCUCCACCAACACCUACUACGGCGACCCAAGACUCUUGCCAUAUGAAGACUAUUUCGUUCCGUCGUUAACAGAAAAGAUCUUCCUGGAUUACGAUUUCCUUAUUAACUCUCAUGUGUGCUUACAUUCCAAAGGACCAUUCCUGUUAGUAAUGGUGCUAUCGAUACCGGAAAUGACGUCACAACGUGACGCGAUCAGGGACACGUGGGGUAGCGUUGCACGGGGAGGAAUAUGGCCUGGCUUUAAGGAACGGGUAGAUGUUAGGAUGGUGUUCUUGUUCGGGAACAACAGUGUAAAGUAUAAUCAAGAGUUGAGGAAAGAGUCUUUGUCUAAAGGAGACAUCGUUCAGACAAGUUUCAAGGAAGCGUACACGAACCUGACAUUAAAAGUUCUCAUGGGGUAUAGAUGGGUGGAAAAGCAUUGCCCAAAUGCAAAGUUUGUGAUGAAAGUUGACGAGGAUGUGUUCGUGAAUGUGCCAUAUUUCAUAUCACAGCUGUAUGCUUCCGAUUGGUCCAGACAUAUUCUCGGACCGUUUGCUUAUUCCGAAUUUACGAUAAGAGAUGGGAAAUACGGCGUUGACAAAUCCAGCUAUUUCCCGCCGAUCUACCCGCCGCACGUCAAGGGGAAUAUAUACGUCAUGCAGAAAGACGUUGCCGUCCGGCUACUUCACACAGCGCCUUACAUGCAUUACAUGAACAUGGAGGAUGCGUUCAUCACAGGGGUCCUGGCCAAAGUUCACGGACUGCGCCACGUUGAUUUACCGGAAGCCUAUUAUGAUCGCAAUAUAUCUGCGACCUUUUGUGAGAUCGCUAAUGGGAUCAAGGUGGUUUCACAACAAUAUACAGCGAAGAUGAUGCAUGGAGUUUGGGAGAAGCUCAAGGACAGUUCAUCAUGUUCGCUGAUCGGGAGGAUAAUAAGCUAUUUUCGCCACAUUUUUAGAAAUGAAUACAUUCUUUAAUCAAAACACCCCACCAUGUAACCAUGUCACCGACAUGACUUCCAAUGUACGUUCUGUGAAUGGCGCCAUGUUAUAUCGAAUAUAUGAUGAUAUACAGAACUGAGUGAGUGAGUUUAGUUUUACGCCACACUCGGCAAUAUUCCAGCUUUAU